ACUAAACGCGCAACAUGCAGCAAUGGAGCACUUUAGAGGAUGGAUGCAUGAAUAGAAGUCUUGGCUGGAAAAGGUUCUAAAAUGCUUCCCUGGAAGAAGAACAAGUUCGACCUGAUCGAGGAAGACAAGCAGUCCAAGCAGAAGGGCUAUGCGGUGAGUCUCAACUACUCUGCGCUCACCUCCUUCGCCAAGUCCUGCCCAGAGAGCGCGCUCAACCGGGUGGGCAACAUGUUCAAGUCCAAGAGAAAAAAGGUCAAGAUCACUAGCGACGACCCCACGUACACGGUGCUGUACCUGGGCAACGCUACCACCAUCCAGUCUAAAGGCGACGGCUGCACCGACGUGGCGGUGAGCAAGAUCUGGGGCAAAAGCGACAUGGGCCGACACGGCACAAAGAUGCGCCUCACCGUCAGUUCACAGGGGAUCCGUAUGGUGCACGUGGACGACAAAGCCAAGAGACCGGGACAUUUAUAUCUGUUACACCGGAUAACGUACUGCGUCGCGGAUCCGAGGUUGCCAAAAGUCUUCGCUUGGAUUUACCGCCACGAAAUGAAACACAAGGCGGUGAUGCUGCGUUGCCACGCCGUGCUGGUCUCCAAGCCGGAGAAAGCCAAAGCAAUGGCGCUGCUGCUCUACCAGACGUCCGCUACCGCUUUAGCCGAGUUCAAACGACUCAAACGCCGCGAUGACGCCCGGCACCAGCAGCAGCUACUCAUCGGGGAGCAGUCCAUCCCUCUGGUGCCGCUGAGGAAGCUCCUGAACGGGCAGUGUUACUACAAACCACCGGUGGAACGCAGCCGGAGUGCGCCCAAGCUGGGCUCCAUCACCGAGGACCUCCUGGGGGAGGAAGAAGAGGAGAAGGCCAUGCACUUUGAAUGUGAGGACGUUCUCGACACGGACGAUUGUGUCGCUAACGGCAAACAAGAGCUGACUCAGAUUAUUAACGACUUGGGCGAAAUGAGCAUCGGAAAUGACGUCCAGACUCUGAAAGCCGACCUCAAAGUGACCAGACUUUUAUCCGGGGAGAGCAGCGGUAGCGAAUCUUCGAGCAACCAGGAGAUCAACGGCCUCUCAAACGGCUUUGAGCACAUCAAAGUGCAGUAAAAUAGUCAAAUGUCUCCUUUUCGACAUCUUUUUGUGCCUCAUGUUUGAAGCGUGUGUAAAUCAAAUCCAAGGUUCAAUACAAGGAUUCAAUACAUAAAAAAAACAAACAAGUCCUUUUAAGGACGUCUGGUUUGAACCUGCCAAAUCCUGCUGCGCCAAAAAGGCGGCACAGGACUAAUUCUUUUAUUUAAGAGGAUUUGCCGCAGCCCGAGCUUGUUUACCCAAGUUUCAGCGCACUAUCAUCCAAAAAACACUCCCAAAAUGCCAUUUGUUCAUUUUGCACUGCCGUGGAGUCGUCGCGCUGGCUAGCAUGUGUUCCGUUAUGUUGUCCUAAACAUAAAUGUCAUAUCUUUGCUGUGCAAAAGAGAAAAAAACACACCAUUAUGUACUAUGAUGUAAAUGUCAGAUGUUUUAAGUAUAAAUAUGUGAAUUUUUUUAAAUAAAUAAUACAAAAUAUG